UAUGAAAAGUAAUUUCCAUUGAAAAUGAUGUUUUUAACUAAAAGAUGUCUAGCAUAGAAAUUAUAAUGUCAAUAUACUACAUAUCUGUUGCCAUCGGUUCACUUGUUAAAAAUUGGCCAGCACCUCCAUAAGAAGAGCAUUAUGUGCUCCAAAAUAUAUUUAACAUCAAAGUAAUAAAAAUAUUUGCCUUUAGCAUCCAAAGUUGAAUUUUUCCAGGAUAAUUUCUUCGCGCAUUUACUAUAAAAUCUUUCUAUGUUUCUCAUUUCAAUUCCUUUAAUUUUUCUUCAAUCUCAGCCUUCUGCAUGAACAUAUCCCUUCCAUUCAUAUCAAUGUGACAAAAAUUAUUUUUCAAGGAUGUUUUAAGUAGAAUCCCAUAUAAUGUAUGGUGUAGUUUCACAACACUCCGGGGCACGUUCCCGAGUUAGACCAAAAACUUUUACUCCCCAAGUAUCAACUGAGCAGCCCUCAUAUGAUUCGUCCAAGAAAACUCACCGCAAUUGUUUUCGAAGAUUCCUUUCCUUUCUCAGGGAUGCCUGGUACGGUAUCACAGAAUCAAACGACAGUGAAUUCGAUGAAAUGGAUGGAGCCCAAGCAAGAUUCAAGCCGGAAGCUAUUGAUACCCUAUGUCAGCUGACAAAAUUCAACAAAAGAGAACUUCAACUCAUGUAUCGAGGCUUCAAGCAGGAAUGUCCUUCUGGUAUGGUACGUGAAGAGACUUUCAAAGGAAUAUACGCCCAGUAUUUUCCAAAAGGUGCUGACACUAGCCAGUAUGCUCAUUACGUAUUCAACACUUUUGAUCAAGAUCACACUGGUGCAAUUACUUUUACGGAUUUUGUGAUCGGGUUAUCGGUACUGGCUCGUGGAUCUUUGCAAGAAAAACUGCGUUGGGUUUUCAGUCUGUACGAUAUUAAUGGUGAUGGUUACAUCACUAAAGAUGAGAUGAGUAGAAUUAUUGCUUCAAUUUAUGAUAUGAUGGGAAAAUCCAUUGAUCCACCAAUGGAAGAAUUCACAACUAGAGACCAUGUGGAACGAGUUUUUCAGAAACUGGAUCUGAACAAUGAUGGAGUCGUUACAAUGGAGGAAUUUAUGAAUUCUUGUACUCAGGAUGAACACAUCAAGAAAUCGAUGACAGUCUUCAAUACUGUGUUGUGACAAAUUGCAGGGGGCAGCGAGUGUCUAAAAGAUAAGGAUCCAGUCGAUGCCCUAGAUGAAGAUUCAGAUAUGUUCUGGUAAUUGAGCUGCCCCCAGUAUAUUUUUGAAAAUUUCACCAUCUGAUACACUUCAGAGGCAUCUCUGCCGUAUAAACUAUCUGAAACACUGAAGAAUUGAAGUGUGCCUUAGAUUUGUUAAUAACUUUUCUUUGCUUAUAUUGCUACGUGAAAUACUUCACAAUGGUGGCUCAUUCCCUUGCUCUUUGAGCUAUGGAUCGUGGGUGCGGUUGUUCAUAUGUCUGUGAUACAAUAGUACAUUUUAGGAGUACAUGACAGUGAACUAGAUUAUGUCAACAAUAGUUUUGACUUUUGAAACCAAUUUCCAAGUAGUUAGCCGAAAUGAUAUAAUAUUUUCUUAAAAAUGUAUUUUAUUCGCUUCCGGUAAUUUCUCCGACUUGCAUCUUAAAGAAUCGAAAAAACUAAUACUAAAUAUAGAUGAAAAAAAUAUGCUUAAUAAUUCGAACAAUUAGUAUUUAAAACGCCUGUUGUCCAUUAUCUGUUAUUUUUCUAUUAAAUCUGUUUGAAUUUAAUAUGUUUCUUAGUUUGGAGUAGUAAAUGCAUCGCGUACCGUAACUGCCACCCUUAUCAUACAUUUUUCAGAUUCCUGCUAAGAAUGAAAUUUUAAAAAAAAUUGCAACACUAUGGGUAGCAAAUUAAUAUUUAAGCAAGUUCGAAACAUGUUGAAUCAUUUGUAGAAGAAAGAGGGGUGAAAAACAUCAAAACAUGUUUGAUUGCCGUAUGAGACUCUGAGGUGUUUUUAAUAACUACUUUUUAACUCCUCUUUAUUUUGUCCGGCAACCAAACAUUAUUUGAUUUUCAUAAGUCCUGAUCUCCUCAGUAGUGAUUCAUUAGUUUUCGAAGAAGUUUUGGCUAUUUUUUCUUGCUUAUAUAUUAAUUUGUGACCUCUGACGUGCAUUCUGGGCAAGAUAUCUAAAAUAUUAAAGGUGGUCAUUAUGGAACACCCUGUAUAUAUUGUUCAUUAUUUUUUAUUGAAUAAAUGUAUAUCUUUUGUUAUGUAUACACAUUUUUUUAUGUACGAGUCAAGGAAGA